UUAUUUUCUUAAAUCUUACUUUAUUUCAAGAAACAAAAAUGUAUAUCUUGAAACAAUAACAUAUUUUUUCAUAAUGUCAGUAAAUGAUUUAUCAACUCAUGUUUCAGCACUAGAUAAUAUAACUCUCAAAUCUUUUUUUCAGGAUUUAUUAAUUAUUUGGGGGGCAUUUUAUGUCUUUAUUAAAAAAAAAUAGUAAAAACUCUCAGUGUGUCAUUUCUUGCAGUGCAGACUGAGGUAUUUCUCUUAGUCAUCGACCCAUCCCAUAAUCACCUCGUUAAUUACCGCUCGAGGUGCUGAUCAGCUACUUGUACUUUCCUUUCCUUCAGUAAGCGGCCACGAGAGGGAAUCCCGACAGCUGAUUGGACAAAGCUGGUUUUAUGACGUCACUCUGAGCCUCAGUAUAAGAGAGCGAGUCGGUGCUUCAGACCUCAGACACACAGCUGAUGACGUUGGAUCUGCACAAGUCAAACAUGUCACAUCAUGAAAAUACAACGGACCGACCAGCUGUGGAGAAAUCACAGACCACAGACUACAGACAGAAAUACAGACUGUAUCCAUCACUGCCCAACACAGACAGGUACGAGGUUAAUGUGGCGGACCGCUCCACUGGAGAAAAGCUUCACACAGCUGCAGUUUACAGUCCCGACAGCCUGCUGGGAGACACACAGUCAGACGUUGCCAACGGUGACGUCCGAAUGAAAGCACAGAUACUUGUGCUGGAGGAGCAAAGGCAGGAGCUUCUUUCUAUUAAUGAGAAAUGGGCAAAAGAGUACCACACCAUGGUGCACUACUACAAAGAGAAGGUCCGAGAUUUAAAAGCAUUACUGCAACACGAUGAAGAGGAGAUGUGUCAAGAAGGAGGAAAGAAAGUCACAUUUGGUGAUGAGCUACUAAAAGCAGAGAAGGAGGCAAAGGAGCUGCGAACACAAAACAGCACUUUGACCCGUAAAGGGCAGCAUCAGCACGAGGAGAUCAGACGAUUAAACAAGGCUCUAGAGGAGGCACUUCAGACUACUGAACCUCUCGAUGUGAGCAGUGAAACACUACAGGAUGUCUGGAAACAUCAGGCCGAAACCUACAAGGAGGACUUUUUGAAGGAGCGCAGGGACCGGGAGAAGCUGAAGGACAAGUAUCUGGAACAAGAGAAGAAGUUUAGAAAAGCUCACAGUGAGCUACGCGUCCUCAAAUCUCAGGUGACUCAGACUCGGCCACCGCAGCCUGCUGUACUUGAAUGCACCUGCACAAAUCGAGCUGCAUGUCCACAGUGGGAGGUCCGCCAGAUUGACCGGCACCACAUCCAGUUACAAAGACGUCACACGCCGUGAAACUCAACGACCUCCUCGCUAUAUGUGUGAUGUUACAUGUCUCAGAUCAGAGUUCAUCAUUAGCAGGGCGGUAGUUUAUCGGGAAGGACAACAUCAGAGGAAGUGAGCUCUGUUCUGUUUCCGCCCUCUGCCGGACUCGCUGCUGCAGGUUCAACUUCAGGUAGUUUUCGUCGUGGUCGUAACGAGGCCAGUCCACCAGACCGGGCCCGUUAGGAGACCUAGGAAGCAAACACAUUAAAAGACAGUGAAAUAGAAAUGUGACCCUCUCUUAAAAUCACUUCCCAAGUGGAUAAGAGUGAAGUAAAAUACGCUACCCGAUGGCGUGCAAAGUUUGUUAUGCAAGCCAUCGCAAGCUUGUGACACAGGUCUUGAGGGAGAUAUUAAUUGUUGCACUGUCCAAACACUAUUGACUUUAUCAAAGGUGCAACAUGAAUGAAGGAUCUUCCUGUUUCAAGUACCUGUAACCACAGUGUGCCCAGUACACUAAGGGAACAAACAAACAAAAGGGAAAAUUGUACAGAAAUAAAUAAAUGCAUAAAUACAGAAAUAAAUACAUAUAUUUAUAAAUAAAUAUAAAACAAAUAAAUACAAAAAU